GGACUCCGACGACAAGUCUGGGGCGCUGCUGGGCUACUUACAAGGCUGCACCAGCGCAACGUUUUAAUCCUAAAUAGCCUACCAACUCGAUUCCGUGCUUGUUGUGUUUGAUGAAGUAACCAAGAGUCAAUACAAAGCUUCGCGGCUUUUAUUUUAGUUUAAAAACGCGUUUUGCCCGGCCUGGCCUGCAUGCUGUGCAUGUGCAGGGGGAAAAGCCUAUAGCGCAGGCUAAUAGCAGUCGGGCGCUGCCACAAACGUACGUCAAGUUGAACUUUGUCACAUUUCGGAGCCAUGUCCAGCCUGCUAUUGGCAAGAAACGGCAGGAGAGCGAUAUCGGUAAUCGGCGAUAAGCGCCGAGGCACCGACGCACUUUCAGGAGUUCAUCCGGCUGCACGGCGCUUCAUCAUAGAUAUGUCCUACUCAGCGCACUUCAUGGAUUUUCAAGGAUCCUCCAUACCGAGCAGUAUGAAAAAGCUGGUCGUAAACAAGCUAAGUCCUAAUUUCAAAGAGGCUGUUUCUAUGCAAACCGUUGCGGUUCCGACACCCCGAGACGCGGACUUGCUCGUCAGAAAUCGUUUUGUGGGUAUCAACGCCUCUGAUAUUAAUUACUCGGCAGGCCGUUACGACCCCUCAGUGAAGCCCCCCUUCGAUGCCGGUUUCGAGGGUAUUGGUGAGGUUGUUGGUCUUGGCCUUAGCGCCAGCUCCCGUUACACCAUCGGGGACACCGUGGCCUACUUCGGCAGCGGUGCGUUUGCCGAGUACACGGUGGUGCCAGCCAAGGAAAGUGUGCCUGUCCCCGCGGUGAAGCCAGAGUUCCUCACCCUGUUGGUCAGCGGUGCCACGGCCUACAUCGCCUUGAAACGUCUGGGAGACCUGGCCAAAGGUGAGACGGUCCUGGUCACGGCAGCUGCAGGAGGAACGGGACAGUUUGCCGUGCAGUUUGCCAAACAGGCCGGUUGUCACGUGAUUGGGACCUGUUCAUCCAACGAGAAAGCUGGCUUCCUUAAAUCCAUCGGUUGUGACAGGCCGAUCAACUACACCACAGAGGACCUGGCCAAGACGCUGAGGACAGAGUACCCACAAGGCAUAGACAUGGUGUAUGAGUCAGUUGGAGGCAGCGUCUUAGAACUCGCAGUGAACAGUUUGGCCAAUAAGGGCCGGCUGAUAGUGAUUGGCUUCAUCUCAGGGUACCAGACCGCAUCAGGGAUCCCACCCUUCAGAGGGGGAACACUACCAGUCAAGCUGCUCCAGAAAUCGGCCAGCAUUCGGGGUUUCUUCCUGCCCCACUUCUUAAGUGACUACAGGGAGGCCCUGGGUAGCAUGAUGCAGAUGUUUGGCAAGGGGAAGCUAGUGUGUGAGGUGGAUUGUGGGGAUUUGGCACAGGAGGGGAGGUUCGUCGGCUUGGAGUCAGUCUUCCGGGCUGUGGACUACAUGUAUGCUGGGAAAAACCUGGGCAAGGUGAUAGUGGAAGUGGCAACACCCUCUGUUAGCAAUAGUAAGCUGUGAUUUAACGGAUUGUUAAUGCACUAAAAAAAUUAAACGAACUCAAAUGAUUGUUAAGUUAAAAACGGAAAACUGUAGAACUUUAAUCAUUUUUAAUAGAGAUUGUCUUUUAUUUUUGUAAGAUGAUUCAAAAAGCACUAUAAGUAAAGCUACACAAUGCUUUCAUGAAUAAACAUAAUUAGCAACUUUAA